AUGUAGCAAUUAAAGAUGGCAGAAAAGGGCAAAUCCGGUGGAGGAAUGAUGGGUACUACUACCACCAGGUGGGGGCGCUCUACUGAAAAUCGAAUAGCGUUUGGAAUUCAAACUUAAUUGCGUUCAAAUUUGAAUAUGCGUUACAGAAACGCAGCACGCGUUCGUCAUGAACGCCUUUAACCAUCAUUUAAAGGACGCCUUCUAGAAUAUGGUAGUACUUUUCGAGAUCAAUGACAUAACGCGGUGAUUCCAAGAGUUAAUCUUUUUUAGUGUUUUUAGUGCAAUAUCAUACAGUGGGCCUAGUAGUAUACAGAAUAUUGUUAUGAAAGACAAUUUUCACCAAAAAAAUUCAGAUACACUACAAUGACAAACACAUCUGCAUAUUGAAGAACGUAAGAUUAAAUUAAAAAAUAAAAAACUCCUGUAGAAGGCAGUAGACACAUGCUCCCUCUGGGAGCCUAUUUUUUUAACUGCAACCUGAAUAUAAGUUUGACUUGGAUUGAUAUCAGCUAGAACAAUGAAUACGCUACAGUAUCUUAACUUUACAGCAGUUCUAAGUCACUGCAUGACUGAUUUCAUCAUGUCAUGCUUGAUUGCACUCACAAAGAAACCAGCCUAUAAGGUCACAUGACUAACCUGGAAAAACCCAUUUCUAUUUUUGCAGACACUUCAUGCACACCCAAAACUUAACAGAGAAUUUUAAGGAUUUCAAUUCAAGAUGGCUACCAGUAAGUUGGAUCAAUUUCUGGAAAAUGUUGAUGAGAAGGUCUUGGAGUGUACCAUCUGCUUUAAGAGACUUCAAAAUCCAAAAUCCCUCAACUGCCUCCAUAGUUUCUGUUUGGCAUGCCUGGAAGACUGGGUUAAGACUAAGGGUCAGCUGACUUGCCCAACUUGCUCAAAAUUAUAUCCAAUUCCGGAGGGUGGGCUUCAGAAGCUUCCACCAAAUACCUUUCUAAAUAAUUUAUUAGAAACUCUCGAACAAUUUUCAGAGAAAGAUCAGAUGAAAUGUAGUGUUUGUGAAAAGGAUGAACAGGUAAAAUACUACUGCCAGGAUUGCAGACAGUACAUGUGCUCUACUUGUAGUGACUAUCAUAAGAAGUUUAAACUCUUUGCAAAUCACAAGGUACAUUUAAUGGAGGAUGUGCAAUCAAUGAGCCCCUCUCAGAUGACUUUGUUACAUCCGCCUCAGUGUUCACAUCACAGUAAACCUUUGGAGUUCUACUGCACAGAUUGUAAAACUCCAAUCUGUGUGAACUGUACAAUUAUGGACCACAAGGAAUGGGAAGGAAAACACAAACCAAUCAAUAUUUCAGACGCAUUCCAAACAUUUAAAAAAACUUCAGCCACCUUGGAAAAUUCUGCCCAACACUUCAUAAACAAAUUAGAAGGCGGUCUCAAAGCUGUUAUCCACAAUGCUACAAAAUUACAACAAAAUAAAGACACAUGUUUAAUAGAUAUAGACAAUCAUGUAGAAGAAAUAUUCAAAAAAGUAAAAGAGAAUAGAGACAAAAUGAAAAAUGAAGUAGAGACAAUCUACAAAAGGAAAAAGAAGGUAAAUGAUGUACAAAUGGAUGAAUUUAAAGCAAUAUUAUCCGAUAUAAAAACAAAACUGUCUUUUCUUAAUCAAUUAUUGAAGAGUGAUGAAGGCACUGCAAUGCAGUCAAGUGAAACAGUAAUUACAGCACUCAGGGACAGAAUAAAUGAAUUACCAAAAACAGAGCCAGAUGAUAAUGGAGAAAUUUACUAUUUCAUAAACAAACAGCAAAUGACUUCAUUGAGACAAUGUGCUAUAGGGACUGUAAAAGAUUUUAGGGCAGCAGACUGUUUAACAUUAAAAGGAGAGGAAUCUGUGAUCGAAGAACAGACAAUUAUUGUCAAAAUAAUCAAAACAGAUGAACAUGAAAUAUAUGCAAAUCAACUGAAUGCAACAUGGACACAGCCUACAGGGGAAACCAACAUCUCUCAAAUUCAAGAAGAUGACAAUGGAGAUUAUUUUGUGACAGGAAAAUGCACAAGUCCAGGAGUUUGUAAACUAGAUGUGAGUGCUGAUGAUGAACCAAUUAACCAAUCACCAAUGACAAUCAAAGUAGAAGGGGGAAGAUUAGUAAAUACUAUUCAAAUAAAUGCAACAUAUAUUAUAGAUGUAGUUAAGUGUGAAGAUGACUCCUUACUGGUUUCAUGUUUGACAAAUGAAAUGCUCAAGUACAAGCAAUCAGGAGAAUAUAUUGGUAAGGUUACACUACCACAAGGUGUGAAUGUUAGCAGAAUGUACAAAAUGAAGAAUGGUAACAUAGCAUUCAGUGAUUGCAAUGUUAAUAAACCUAUCAGAAUAUGCAAUAUGAAUGGUCAGCUGAUUAAAACAAUUAGUGUGGGAGUACAGAAUACACCACGGAGCAUUCAUGUGGAUGAGACAUCAAAUGUUUUGUAUGCAGCAAGUGGUGGGUUCAGUAGCUGUGUGUACAUGUUUGACAUGAAUAAUGGCAAGACCAUCAAAACAAUAGGGUCACAUGGUACAAAAGAAGGUCAAAUGAUAAUUGUCAUUGAUGUUACUCUUACUAACCAAGGACACCUUCUUGUAUUGGAGUAUGUCAACAGUAGAUUACAAUUAUUUAAUAAUGAGGGAAGGUUCAUAAAAGUCCUUGUUGAAGCAGGUGAUGAGGAUGGUAAAGUAAAUUCUCCAAGUGCAGUAGUAGUUGAUGAGGAUGACAACAUCAUUAUAUCAAGUCAACGCAAACUACAGCUAUUCAGUAGUGAUGGAAAUUUUAUAAAAAGAAUUGAUAAACCAGAAGAUGGAAUCAACGAUCCAGAGGGAUUAUCCAUCAUUUCAUAUCAUCCAAGGAGACUUGCAGUAGCAAAUCGUGGUGACAAAACAGUCAAAAUAUUCAAUUAUUAAAUACUGACAGUCCACUUGCUUCACUUGUGUGUUUUCAACAAUUCCAAUUUAUAAGUGUAGGAAUAUCUACAUAUCCAUUAUUUCAUAUCAUCCACAUAGAGUUAAGAUAUGGAUCUUAAACUUAAAAUAAUUAUUGAAUACUAAAGUUGGCAUAAUGAUUAUAAACCUGUUAAACAAUAAUACUAUAAUCUGCAAACCUCAGUUGUUUUCAGUGUAGUUCUCAUCAAAUUUGAAUCACACACUAUUGAUCUUAUAAUUUUAUAUUUUUGUAGUGUAAGUUUUUAAUCAUAUCAUGCAUAUACAUGUUAUUUUCUUGCAUAUGGAUGUUAAAUAUUUUACUUUUCAAUCUUUCUAUUUUUUGUAGUCUAUCAACUUGUAUCUCUUUGAUUUUCAUAAAUUUUGAUAUUUGCAUGUUUUCUUUAUUUUUUUUUAAUUCCUGUAUAUUUCCUUUUUGUUUUUCUGUAUAAAAAACCUAACAAGCUCACAACAGAGUGUAUAUUAUAAACACACCAGACAGACAUUCAUAUCCAUUAAAUGAAUUAUUCUGGUAUAUAUUUAAUCUUCCUUACAAACUUGAAUCUGCCUAAAAAUACUGAUUCAAAGUGGUUG